UACCUAUAACAUGUCAUGCUUAUUGGCACUAUAUUUGAUAAAUAUCCGCAUCGUUUUGAAUCGCUCGAGCAGACUCGCUUUUCUACCAAGUUAAAAUCGUUUUAAUGUAUAGAAACGACGAAAUUCCGAUUUGUGUUUGAUUUUUAUCACGUUAAAGCGACGGGAAGGCAAACAAAACAUACGGAAGUUAUAAGAUCUACCUCGACAUUUGCAAUCUUAAUUUGUUUUUUAGAUUAAUGAAAGAAACAUGUCAAAUCUUUCGAAAGGAAACUCAAAAUCGCAAUUAUUAAAUGAGGAAGAAAACCUGUUCCUGUUUAAUGUUCUCGGAAAGGGAUGCUUUACCCUAGCAACCGGUGUAGCACAACUCUUUGUGGUUCGUUGUCAUGGAAACAGACAUCAAUGGGUAAAACAAUGUUGUGGUGUCGUCUGCUUUGUGAAGGAUAAUCCGAAAAAAUCUUACUUCCUACGUCUUUAUGAUAUACAGAGUCAACAGUUGCUAUGGGAACAAGAACUAUAUACCAAAUUCAUUUAUAAUUCCCCAAAAGAGUUCUUUCAUACUUUUGAAGCACAUGAUUACCACGCAGGGCUGAACUUUGCAAGUGAGGAUGAAGCAGUCCAUUUUGCAAACGUUGUUGAAGGCAAGCUACUUGGUAAAACAUCUAAACGUAAAGCAAGAGAAGACAGAAAAGCAGAAAUGAUACCGGUUACAUCGAAACCAGAAGCAAACAAACCAGCGCACGGAACAGUCACCGAUUCUGCAAACACAGUUUCUGUAAAUGUCCUGCCAGACAUUCCAGAGACAGAGAAGACAACAAAACCAGACAGCAAAGUUAUCAUGAGGAAUAAGAAAGGGAAGAAAAGUAAGAAACUCUCGAAAGACGAUGUAGGAGGACCCGUUAACUUUGUACAUGUCAGUCAUAUGAGUUGGAGCGUAGACGACGGUCCACAUAUGGAUAAACUUGACAAUGACAUGAAAGAACUGUUAAAGAAAAUCGGUGUUGUGGACCGAUCACAAGUAGAUAAUGAUACAAUGGACUUUAUAUGUGACUUUGUCGACCGGCAUGGUGGGGCAAAUGCUGUAAAGGAGGAUUUUGCCUGGCACGUCCCUGCAGAACCGUCUCUACAUAAUGAUAUGCAAAAUACUGCGAAACAUCAUCCAGUCGCACACCCACAUACCAGAGGCAAACCGAGCAUUUUGAACAGACCACUUCCAGCCUUACCCACGGAAACUAAAGCAGAAAAUCCGAAAUCACCAAAAGGAAAGUAUAUGGUUGAAAGACCAAUUGUAAAACCUGAUGAGUUAGCAAACAAAUCGUCAUUACUUCAUAAGAAUUCUAUCAAGUCUACAGAGUCAUCUAAAUCGUCAAGAUCCCCGCCUAAUAUCAAGCAUGAGCUUGCAGGCAGAAAACCUCCAUUGCCCGGACCUUCACCAAAUGCCAUUCACCAAACCACAAUAUCAACACACCCCACAGUAUCAACUGUUCCCAAUUCAGUUAUUUCUAAAAAUGGUCCAAAUAGCAUAUCUGCUUCUACAACACCCUCAGUUAUCAAUUCUCUACAAACGCAUUCUUCAAUUGAACCCCAUUCCUCAAAAUCCGAUAUUCGAACCGUUUCCCCAAAAAAUACAACCAUUGCUACAUCACAUACAACAGUAGAAAAGGGCCAAAUCAAUCCCAGUGUUACAACACAUAAAUCACCACUUCCUCCACCCAAAUCUAUGAUACCUGAUCACACCUCUCAUUUUCCUCCUUCUCCACCAUCAAAUAUACUGCAUUCACCUACGCAUUCCCCGCAUCAUCCUUCAAAAAUGAUACCGGGUUCACCUUCGCAUUCUUACCCACCAUCGAUUAUACCAAAUCCACCAACGCACAUUAACUCUCGUCCUCUACCAAUAAAGCCAGAUCCACCACCGCGCUCUAACACUGGUCCUCCGCCUAUCAAACCGGAUCCACAUAUGCAUUCCUUGCCUCCGCCUCCGCCAAUUAUACCGGAUCCAACUACACAUUCACUUCCUCCUCCUCCACCAAUUAUACCGGAUAUAACUACACAUUCUCUGCCUCUGCCCCCACCUCCGCCCGCCAUACCGGAUCCACCUCCCCCUCCGUCAAAUAUACCAGUUCCACCAGAGCAUUCUAUGCCACCCCCUCCGCCAUAUUUACAAGACGCACCUACGCAUACUCAUUUCGGAACUUCUACAGAGAAAAUUCUACCGCCGGAAAAUAGCACAAGGGCUGGAUUAUUGGAUGAAAUACAGACAUUUAAAGGGCAUGAUUUGAAGCACGUAGAAAUAGAUGAGCAUGUGUCAGACAGAGGAGGGCUACUAAGUCAAAUCCGAAAAGGAACAAUUCUUAGACAUGUUGAUAUUGAAGAAAAUCCAACAUCUGCGAAACGUGGUAGUAUAGCAGCAGCCCUCAUGAAUCAGCUGAUGAUGAGAAAAACAAUUGUUCAGUUUUCAGACGAUGACUACAGUAGUGAUGAGUUUGACGAUGACUGGGACGAUGACUAGGCAAAAGGCUCGUGCAAAUGGAUUGUUUAAUAGCUUAACAACAUACUAGGCAAAUCGUUUAUGCAUAUCUCAGCACAGUGCAUGAAAACACUUUAUUCAAUAUAUUAACAUAAUUUUAUUUCACACAUUUGAAUAACAAUUUUCUAACAUUUUCCAAUUUUGAAUCAAUGUAGAUCUAACACUGUUAGUCUGUAUUGGAUUUAAAUAUGUUUAGUUUUAUUAUUAUGACGAAUGAAAUUGUCAUAGGUUUAAAUUGAGGUGCUGGUAGUACAGUCUGUUCAUUCUUUAAUUUCAUUAAACCAUUAAUUUUGUUGCCAGUAUGAGCCAGUGUUAUACAUAUGUGACACUCACAUUUAUUAAAUCUUGUGUUCAUUGAGAAUAACACUUCUAAUGCCUUGAACAGCCUGCAAUAACUAAAGGAUUGGAAUGACACGUUAUUAUAUGUCAUAUAACAUAUAACAGGCAACAUGCAGAGACAGGUACAGUUGAAAACACUGUUCUAUUUGUCCAUUUAAUUAAGUUUAAAAUAUUUUAUAUUUUGUUAAAUUAUAUUCUUUGUUUGUUUGUGUUAAUAACUGAUUGAUAUUAAAAAGUUAUGUUUUCAUAUAAAAUUCCAAUUUAU